AUCUUCAAUAGUCAAACUCUCUCUGACACCUCUGCUAUAAAAUUCUCUAUCAUGAAGAAAACUGUGAGCAUUCAUUCAGAUAUUCAGUGCUACUACUACAAGAAGAAAGAUCAUAUUGCAAGGAAUUGCUUCAUGAAACAGAAGUUUCAACAGAUGAUCACUGAGCUUAUAGAGAAUGACACUCCUAAGUCUUCAUUUGAUAUGAAGAACUUGAUUGAAGAAAAAA